UAUAGCUUUGCUAUACAAUGGUAACGUAAUGGGAUAAGACCAUGCUAAUAUGGUCUCUAACAACGAAAGUGAGUCAAGGAUAUUGUUUAAGUUGUGUUGUUGAGAUGCUGCUUAAAAUCAAAUACAGCAUUUACUCAGCUGAAUUGCGAUUGUUAUGCUUCAUCUUGUUCCUUGCCGCUAUUUGGAUACGAUUUUUAAUUUUACCUGCGAUUCCGAUUUUAUGUUUAUACGAUGUUGCCACAAUAGUCUUUCGUAAAUCUUCUAUAGUUUGCAAAUCAAUCUGUCUCAAUUCCUGAUUAUGGACAUCUUUAUCACGCAAUAUUUUAAUAU